AUGCAUAUAUUUGCUCUUCUUCCCUUCCUAGUGGCUUCCGCCGCUGCCCUUGCCUUUCCAGGUGCAGAAGGUUUUGGUCGCAACGCGGCCGGUGGUCGUGGCGGUACGGUUUACGUUGUCACCAACCUCAACGACAGCGGUGAAGGCUCGCUCCGUGAUGCCGUUUCUAAAUCCGACCGCAUCGUUGUGUUCGCCAUCGGUGGGUUGAUUAAGAUCACUGAGCGCAUGGUCGUGUCGAAACGCAUAUCCAUUCUUGGGCAAACAGCACCUGGUGAUGGCAUUACAGUAUACGGUAACGGCUGGAGUUUCAGCAAUGCUGACGAUGCAGUCGUACGGUAUUUGCGCAUCAGAAUGGGAAAAGGAGGUAGUAGUGGCAAAGAUGGCAUCACGAUUGCAGAGGGGAGCAACAUGAUCUUCGACCAUGUCUCUGUAACCUGGGGUCGCGACGAAACUUUUUCGAUAUCUGGCUCAGAAGUCGGUAACAUCACCAUCCAGAACAGUAUCAUUGGGCAGGGUCUUCAGACACAUUCUUGUGGCGGUUUGAUGCAAACAAAUGUCGGGAAUGGUAUCAGUCUGUUCCGCAACUUGUACAUUGACAACAAGACGAGAAAUCCAAAAGUCAAGGGUACGAAUGACUUUACCAACAACGUUGUCUACAACUGGGGAGGAGGCGGCGGAUACAUUGCUGGAGAUUCAAGUGCAGCGAGCGAAGCGAAUAUUGUUGGAAACUAUUUUGUUAGUGGCCCGAGUACCAGCGUAACAGCCUUCACGCGAGGAAACGAGAACUUCAAGGGAUACGUUGAAGGAAACUUCUAUGAUUCUAAUCGCGAUGGUGUAUUGGACGGAUCGGAGCUUGGUGUAGCAUCCAGCAACUAUGGCGGCAUGAACAUCCAGGCAGCAAAAUUUCCUUUUCCGGCACCCGAGAAAGUCUUGUCAGCCAACGAUGCGUUGACGCUUGCUGGGAAGUCUGUUGGUGCAAGCAAAGUCCGCGAUGCGGUUGAUGCGCGACUCAUUGAGGAGUUGAAGAGCUAUGGGAAGAUGGGAGAGUUGAUCAGUGAUGAGAAUGCUAGUCCAAUGGCCGGACCAGGAACUAUUGAUGGCGGAGAGCAAUGGGUUGACGCGAACGGUAAUGGCAUACCCGACGAUGUCGAAGAACAAUUCAAAGACGUGGAGGAAUGGGCAAAUAGCUUAGUACCGAGUAGCUACUAG